AUGGCUUUGAAACCCACCCUCUCUCUCCUACUGGCCAUGCUGGCAUGGACCGGGUCUGUCGGCUCCUCCCCCGCGCUCUUGCACCGGCCGCGCGAGAGGGACAGGGACCUGGGCUCCUCCGUGCAUUUCAACAUCGCCGUCAUCUACUCCGGCUCCUCCCUGCACCCCGAGGCGGCUGCAGGCGGGGCGGGGGGCGGCGGCAGGGCCGGCGGCAGCAGGGUGCCUUAUCCCGGGAUGGAUUUGGGCAGGGUGUCCAGCAGCCACGGCGACAGCGUGGUCACGCAGUGGGGCUUGGCCAAUGUGAUCUGGCUGGCUAUCAACGAGAGCAGUCCCCGGAGCCUGCUGCUGCAGAUGUGUCAGCUCCUGGCCACCAGGCCCCUGCAGGGCCUCGUGUAUGAGGAGGAGAGGCCGCCCCGGGCCCCCAAGGGCCCCCUGGCACCCUUGCUUGAGUUUGUCUCCGCUCAGACCGGGCUCCCCAUCGUCGCUGUCGGAGGCGGAGCUGGUUUGGGGAGGGAGCCACAGGAGAGUGGCUCCAUCUACCUCCAGUUCAGCUGCUCCACAGCCCUCCAGCUGGAGGUGAUCUUUGAGGUGCUGGAGGAGUAUGACUGGACUUCUUUCUCUGUGGUGUCCACCCGUCAGCACGGCUACCAGGACUUCCUGGCGAUGGUGGAGGGGCUGACAGACAGCUCCUUCAUCGGAUGGGAGAAGAAAAGCAUGGUGAUGCUCAACAUGACCGACGAUCCGGGCGGCGCUCGCACCAGGAGGCUGCUGAAGGAGAACGAGGCGCAGGUGCGUCUGCUGUACUGCUCCCAGGAGGAGGCCGAGCUCAUUUUCAAGGCGGCCUGGGCGGCCGGCCAGGCUGGCCCCUCGCACAUGUGGUUCGCCGUGGGCCCCGCCCUGGCUAACCUGGGGCUGGAGGGGCUCCCGAAGGUACUGUUCACCGUGAGGCCUCAGGGCUGGAGGGACGAGCCGCGGAAGAGGAUCGUCAAGGGGGUGUCGGUCCUGACCCAUGGAGCCGUGGCCCUCCGGAGGGAGUACGGGGCAUCAAGGGGGCCAUACUUUGCCAACAACUGCCAGACCGACAGCAACCAGACCCGAAGGGUGCCACACAGAAUCCGGUAUUUCAGUAACAUUACUCUGGGUGGACGAGAUUACUCCUUCAACAGCGACGGCUACCUGGCCAAUCCAUCACUGGAUGUCAUAUCCCACGCACCAGGAAGAGGCUGGGAGGAGGUGGGCUGGUGGGAAAACCGGGUUCUGAAGCUGCGGUACCCGGCCUGGUCGCGAUACGGCUCCUUCCUGCAGCCCCCAGAUGACGCCCAGCACCUGCGAGUCGUCACCCUGGAGGAGCGGCCAUUCGUCAUCGUGGAGCCUGCGGACUCGGCCACGGGCUCCUGCAUCCGAGACUCCGUGCCCUGCCGGCUCCCGCUCAAUACUAGUGUGGUUUCGGAGGGCGUGGUGCCCAUGAAACAGUGCUGUAAAGGAUUCUGCAUCGAUGUCCUUAAAAGAUUGGCCAAAAUAGUGGGCUUCACCUACGACCUUUACCUGGUAACCAACGGAAAGCACGGGAAGAAUAUUGACGGAGAGUGGAACGGCAUGGUGGGAGAGGUUGUGUACAAGCGUGCUGACAUGGCCAUUGGCUCACUGACUAUUAAUGAGGAGCGGUCGGAGGUGGUGGAUUUUUCCGUACCCUUUGUCGAGACAGGAAUCAGCGUUAUGGUCUCCCGCAGCAAUGGCACAGUUUCCCCAUCCGCCUUCCUCGAGCCUUACAGUCCAGCCGUGUGGGUGAUGAUGUUCGUCAUGUGUCUGACCGUUGUCGCGGUGACCGUAUUCAUCUUCGAGUUCUUCAGCCCUGUUGGGUACAACCGCAACCUGCAGAGUGGAAAGAAGGUCGGGGGCUCCAAGUUCACCAUUGGGAAAUCCAUCUGGCUGCUUUGGGCUCUGGUCUUCAACAACUCUGUCCCCGUGGAAAACCCAAGGGGCACCACCAGCAAGAUCAUGGUGUUGGUGUGGGCCUUCUUCGCCGUCAUCUUCCUGGCCAGCUACACAGCCAACCUGGCCGCCUUCAUGAUUCAAGAGGAGUACAUCGACACAGUCUCCGGGCUCAGUGACAAAAAGUUCCAGCAGCCCACGGAGCAGUACCCCCCUCUCAAAUUCGGGACCGUGCCCAAUGGGAGCACAGAGGAGAACAUACGCAGCAAUUACCCUGCCAUGCACCAGUACAUGGUCAAGUACAACCAAAAAGGGGUGGAGGAGGCCAUCGCUAACCUCAAGACCGGUAAACUGGACGCCUUCAUUUACGAUGCGGCAGUGGUGAAUUAUAUGGCCAGGAAGGAUGAGGGCUGUAAAGUGAUGACCAUUGGCUCUGGAAAGGUGUUUGCCACCACGGGCUACGGCAUUGCCCUGCACAAGAAUUCCCGCUGGAAGAGACCCCUGGACCUCGCCCUGCUCCAGCUAGUGGGAGAUGAUGAGGUCGACAUGCUGGAGCGCCUCUGGCUGUCGGGAAUCUGCCACAACGACAAGAUAGAGGUGAUGAGCUCCAAGCUGGACAUCGACAACAUGGCGGGGGUGUUCUACAUGCUGCUGGUGGCCAUGGGCCUGAGUCUGCUGGUCUUCGCCUGGGAGCACCUGGUCUACUGGAGACUCAGGCACUGCCUGGGCCAUUCUGGCAGGCUGGACUUCCUCCUGGCUCUUAGCAGGGGCAUGUACAGCUGCUGCAGCAUUGAAGAAGAAAUAGUGACAGAGGUGAACAAAAACACCCUUCCCACAUACCCCCACUCUUCUACCGUGUCCUCGCCACCCCAUGUGAUCACAGCCGCUGUUACCAUCCCUGCAAUCGCCAUGGUACAACAACAGCAGCAGCAUCAACAACAGCAGCAACAGCCGUCACAGCAACAGAAAACGUACCGCACCCCUUUGCCAGAGACGCCCCCAACGGCUGCUCAUUCUGGGAUGGCCUUGGGACCAUCUAACAGCCCCAUGUUGGCCACCCCUCUUCCCUGCUCCACCUUCCUCUCCCGCCCCGAUCGGAGGCUGGCUGUGGUCGACCGCUGGAGGGUCCCAAAACCCACCGGAUCCAAGCCCAUUGACAUGGAGGCCGGGGCCCCAGACAUGGGGCUGUUCCAGCAGAGGAUGACCCCGAGCUGGGUGGGCGGAGGGGCUAGAGGUGGUGGCGGUGGCAGUAUGGAUGAAUACAAGCGUUACUAUGGUCCAAUUGAUCCGGAGGGCCUGGGGGCUUGUUUAGAUCCACAGAUGAGUGGCUCCCAAACACCUAAAACUGGACAGAGGGGGCCUAAACCUUUGGGUAAUCCCUGGCUUCCCAGCAAAAGUCAGGGCCAUGGCCCCCUUCCACCACAACCUCCAUACCCUGAGCCCUCCCCUCCCCUACCCGGAUCUAUAUGGAGAAAAUGCCGGCCCAAAAAAUCAAAAGAUUCAAGUGGUCCUUUAUAUGAAAACAUUCUUCCACUGGGGAGACGAGGGGGAAGGAGGGCAGGAGUAAGGCCUGGAGGCAGCAGGAAGAGUCGUCCCCCACCUCCCCUUCCUCUGCCUGAGGUCCUCCCUCUCUCCCACGCUCACACCCCUCCCUCUCCUUCACUCUCCCUGCCCUACAACUCCACCUCCAGCUCCUCUGCUUCCUCCAGCUCCUCCUCCUCCUCUUCCCGCUCAACCUCUCCUUCUUUCUCCACGUCCUCCUCUACCUCCUCCACCUCCUCCCAGAGCUCCAGGGACAGAGAGGGCAGGAUGGAGGGAGCAGAUGAAGAAGAUAUAGAAGACCUGACAGAAGAGUCCAGCCUGCUGUUGGGUCAUGACCGGGAGAGGUCGCACAUUCCCCAUCACUCCCACGGCCCUGUGCCACCACCUAUACCUCCCCGCAAGCCUCGCCCACAGAAGGGAGAGAGGGAGCACAGGAGAGAGAGGGGGCGGAGCCAACUGGCCCAGCUGCAGGAGUGGUGGGCUGAGUGGGGUGAGAGAGAGCGAGCAGGGGGCGGUGCUGGGGGAGAUAGACGGGAGAGAAGGGGUGAGAAAAAGCAUCAGAAGGAGAAGGAAAAGGAGAAAAAGAAGAGCCGGAAGAAGAAGAAGAGAGAGGAGCGUGAGAGGGAGAGGGAGAGAAAGCGGCGCAAGGCUAAGAAGAAGAGGAAAUCGAUUAAGGCAAAGGGGAGGAAGCCCAGAGAUGUUGAAGUGGAGAAAGAACCUGAAGGGGAUGAGGGUAGGGAUCUUGUGAUCUUGCAGGACUACACCUCCUUCUCUGGACGGUACCCUGAGACUUUUGGGGAAAAGAGGGCAAGAGGGAACAGGGACUCUAUGUGGGAUGGUAGUAGGAAUGGAGGAAGGAGAGAGGGAGAAGUGGGAGGGGGAAUAAGGGAGGAAAAGCAAAGUGGAGCUCACCACAACAAGGAAAGGCAUUCCAGCCCUCAGAGCCAGUCCAAAUAUCGACCAUUUAGUAAAAGGUAUUCCAACUCAAACAAGCUGCCAACUUCUGCCAAAUUUUGGGGAGGGAGAAGCAGGGGUGGGAACCCAAGCUCUGGGGCCAUUGCAUACUCCUCAAAGCACUGGAGGGACCGACCAGGACGAAGGGAAGGGGAAGAAGGGAGGAGUGGAGAGAAGCGACCCUUAUUGUGGCAUGAGAGAGACCUGACUCAGUCCAGAGAGGUCCUGCCUUUCCAUGAGUCAGACUCGGGGGAUGGUGGUGGAGACGAUGAGGAGAUAGAGGAGGAGAAUGAAAGAGGGAGAAGGGAUGAAGCGAGACGGAGAAGCACAGGUCGAGGGGCCGUGUCGGAGUCGGAGAGGGACAGAGGUAGAGCAAUAGAGAGUUACUCAGACGAUGGUUCAUCAGGGGAAUUUGGUAGGUUUGAAAGGUACUGGGAAGGUCGUGACAGCGGCGGCAUAGGUGGAGGGGGCUGGUUUUUUGGAACCUACCCCACCAGAGAGAAGGGGAGCAGUGUUAACAGUCGGGACGAAUCCAUUUUGGGGCGUGGGGAGGGGUGGGGAUCAGGUGGAGGCGGGUGGGGUUUGGAUGGGGGGACAGGAUGGGGAUCAGGGGGCCUGUCGGGGACCCAGCAUUGGCCUUCCCCACCCACAGUCCCCAGAAGGUAUUGGUCUGUGGACAAGCUCCACAUAGAUGAUGAAAAAAGUAAAGGUGGAGGGAAGAGAAAACAGAGGGCGGGGGACAGGCGGAGGAGCGACAUGCCAUGUUCCUGCCAGUACCCCCACAGCCCUACGCAUGCACACCCCAAGAGGGCAGGGAACCACUCACACGCCCAAGAAGGACUGCCUCACUGUCACAGCUUUAGUGGCAGCUCUCGGCCCAAGCCCUCAGGCCCCAAAGCUGAACAGGACCUGUCCAAAUUUGGCAGCCAGACCAACCUCAAUGCCCAGAAGGCUCAGUUGGGCAACCAUGCCUCCCAACCCUCCCAGCCGCAAGCUGCCCUUCCCUCCCUCCCGGCGCUCCCUGCACCCCCCUCCUCCUCUGUUUGCACGCCCCCCACCGCCUCGACUGUGUCGGGUACCGCUCAGUCUUCCGCUAUAGCCUCUGCCAGCGCCAAGCUGCAGUACCAGAGACUGCGCUCCGUACCCCAGCCCCGCAGGUUCUACUCCCCCCACCUGCCCCUGAAGGCCAAGAGCCUGUGCUCCAGAAGAGGGUCUGCCUAUUUCUCCAGCCUGGAGAGUGAGGUAUGA